UAGCGCCGCCCACAUCCCGUCGCAGAAUGAAACAUUGAUACUGUUUCCUGUGAUGAUAAUUUUUGUUACUUGUGAAAGAUACUUUGUCUUGGUGCGUUUUGCUGCUCCCACAGGUUUCCAUUUAACAAUCUGAAGGUUCCAACUCGUUGAAGCCGGGAAUUUCACGGGCAGCCUGGAGCAGGAUUGACAAAGGAAGCUUUCCAGCUAUAAAAAGAUGAAUAUGAUGAACUAGCCCACUUCAGGUUUGAUCUGACACCAACUGUGGAACAACUGAGAAUGGAAGAGAAGAGAAAGAAAAGAAGCCCAAAGGUCACUUUAAAUCAGCAGCCUCCACUAGGUAACCCCAAGAAAUCUUCAGUGCCAACCAGUAAGAGUGCAACAUUCACCUCUGCUUUACCUCAGCCUCCUUCACCAAAACUUAGAUCAAAGUUGAAAAGCCGAACAAAUAAAGAUAAAGUGAAACCACCGCAGCAAACUGGAAAGAUGACAAAACCAGCUCCAAUUCAACAUUCAUUCCUGACGGAUGUUUCUGAUGUGAGAGAGAUGGAGUGUGGCUUGUUGAAUUUGCUGAAUGAUUUCCACUCUGGGAAGUUACAGGCAUUUGGAAAAGAGUGCUCUUUUGAACAGAUGGAGCAUGUGAGAGAGAUGCAAGAAAAAAUGGCUCGUUUACAUUUUAGCCUUGACAGUCAUGUGGAAGAGCUAUCUGCAGACAAGAAAAAAAAUGCAUCUGACAGGAAUCUCGAACAGCUUCUGACAAAUCUGGAAGAGCUUAGUACUUCAAUACAAAAGCUACACUUAGCAGAAAAUCAAGAACUGCCAAAAAACCAAGAGCCGAAACCACAUACUUUAUAGAAACUGUGGUUAAUGAGACUGGUGCGAAUCUUGGAUGAAGCGAAAAUGAAUUGCACUCCUCAUACUUGUCAUGUUUACACUGAAAGUGGGAAACAGACAUUAUACUAGCUGUUAAUAGGGAGCAUUGUCAAUUCUAUCUCCUUCUUUCAUCUCUUUCUGUUCACUACAGUACAGUUGCACACUGGGUUAACUACCUUAGUGGUCAUUACUCAUGUCAGCCUUGAUAGUCAUUUUGAACAUAUUUUUGAUUUGAUUUAUUAUUAUAUGUAUCUAGAUACUGUGGAAAGUCAUGUUUUGCGUGCUAUACAGGCAGAUCAUACCAUACAAAGUGCAUAAGGUUAGCAGAACAGAGUGCAGAAUACAGUGUUACAGCCGCAGAGAAGGUGCAGAGAGAUC